AUGGUGCUCGUCGCGGUCGGGCAGAUAUGCUCGACAAACAGUGUUGCGCACAACAUCUCCAUCUCCAUGCAAGUUGUCCGCGACGCGGCUGCCGCCGGUGCCAAAGCUGUCUUUCUCCCGGAAGCGUCGGACUACAUCAGCCUCACCAACCACGAGGCCUAUUUGCUGGCUGAGCCGCUGUCCACUCACACCUACACCUCUGCGCUGCGUGCUACCGCCAAAGAACUCGGCGUCUUCAUCAGUGUCGGGAUUCACGAGCUCCCAACGCCAGAGGAAGCUAAGAAGGAGGAGCCGGGGAGCGAACGGGUGUUCAACACGCACAUUGUCAUUGGGCCGGACGGCGAGAUUGCUUCGUUCUACCGCAAACUGCAUCUCUUCGACAUCCAAUUAAAAUCAGAAGAUUCGGCCGUACCCGGUCCAAGCAAGAGAACUGGCGAACAUCUCAAAAUCAUCCCUGGAGACACUAUUGCGGAACCCGUGUCGCUUGGGAGUAUUGGCAAGCUAGGCUUGGAAAUAUGCUACGACAUUCGAUUCCCCGAACUACACAUUAUACUGCGGCGCAAGGGCGCUGACAUUAUCGCCAUUCCGUCCGCCUUCACGGUUCCCACGGGCCGUGCUCAUUGGGCGGCUCUCGUCCGCUCUAUUGCAAUCAGCUAUCAAGUGUAUGUUGUUGCUGCCGCACAGGCAGGCGCUCAUAAUCCAAACCGUUCUUCUUGGGGCGAGGCAUUAGCCUUCGAUCCUUGGGGCACCCCUCUCGGAAGGUUACCAUCAAUCGACGAUGUAGAUGACUCAAGCAAACCGCUUCCUCCGCAGUUCAUGCUGGUGGACGUAGACCAAGCCCGCGUUGAAGGUGUUCGAGAGCAAAUUCCGCUCGAAAUCCAGAAGAGGGACGAUGUCUAUGGGGUAGUUGGGGCCAACGCUCUUCAAGCUCCGCUUGCCACAAUUUCGAGACGGCAUUCGCUUUCACCUGAAACCCUGUUUACAUCAGUGUGGAACUCCCUCAAAGCACUGCUUGGCUAUAGAGAGAGGCAACUAGACAAAGCCCUGGCCGCAACAGAGGAAGGCAAGGGGAAGGUGUUGCUGCGAGGGUAUCAGAUCACUCCAGUUUAUAGGCGAACGGUGACUAGAGCUAGGUUCACGUUCACCUACCUGCGAAUCUUACAUCGGUUUAUCCGUAUCUGA